CUUUCGUCGUAAAGGUACGCUUUAAUAUCCCUCCCAAUUAAAAUUUAUUUUCUUUUAGUUUUCACAACGAUUGUUUAACUAGCUGUUGCUCCGACCAACUAGAUUGGUUGGAGCAAGUUAGCUCAGAACUGUAGAUUCAGUAGCUUCUUCUUCACCUCUCAGAUUUCUAGUUUGUGAAAGAUGACGAAUUUGGGUUAGACUAUGAACAGGAAACGAGGGCACAAGAAAGGUAACAAACCCAAAGCCCCAGCUACAACAGCUCCAAGUGAGGCAGUUGUCAAUGUUGUUAGUGAAGAGAAUACUGGUAAUGAUGAGUACAAGUCUGGAAAGGAGGUUGAUACCCCUUCUUCAACUGGGACUGAUCAGCCAUUGAAGGAAUCUUUACCUGUAGCAGAGAGCCCUUGUGGUGAGGACUUACCAUUAAAUAACAGUGAAUCAGUAGAUCUUGAAGAAGAUGCUGAGAUGGAAGAUAAAAGAGAGGUGAAAAUGGACUGUAGUGAGCAGCAGUGUAGGUGUAGCCCUAUGGAAGAGAGACGUGAGGAGGAUGAGGAAGAGGGUGAGGAUGAGGAUGAAGAGAAUGAGGUAAAGAUUCUAGGGAAAGGUGAAGUUGAAUCAAAACAACAGUCACAGCUUGGCAAUAGUUUGGUAGAGGAGCCUAUUAGACAAUCUCAGCCUGAGAUUGCAGACAAAUUGGGUGCAACUACACAAAGUCAGAAAGGAUCUACUCCAGCAGAACGUGAGGAACAAAGUAAAGCAGUUCAUGGAAAGAGGCACAAGGUAUUUCAAUCUCCCGCUUCCUCACAGCACAAUGAAAUACAUUUUCUUGCUUCUGUUCUGCUUGAUAAUCAUGGUGGUGAGAAGUUUAUUUAUACAGAGUUGCAAGAUAAAGCUAAGAUGUUAAACAGCUUCUAUCCUGAAAAUUCCAUGCUCCUGAACUUGUGUGGAACCCUCUUUCCCAACAAUCACAAGUCUGUUUGGAGGGGUCCUCAUUCUCUGUUCCAACGUCAGGGGUCUUCUCAGACUGCUUCAAUUCAAGCUGCCAUGGAGACCUUCAUGAAAUAAAACCAUCUUUCUAAGAUGCCUGCCUGUGGGAUCUUACUAGGUUCCUUGUCAAAGACGAUUUGACUUUCGAGGUAGCCUACGGUAAUUAGUAUUUCUCAACAAAAUUUACUGAUUAACUUCUGGAAUGAUUUAUAUUUUUUUUUCUUCUGUUGUAAUUGUAAAGUAGUGCAUGAGAAGCAUAGGAGAAAUUGGUGGAACGUAGAAGAUAAAAACUUUUACCAUUUCCCCUCAAUCUAGUGCUAAUUCUUUCUUCCUCCCUCUUGAUCUUGGCGAAAAGUGUUGAUAUUUAUAUUCUUCAAUCAGUCUGUUGCAAUUUCUUUUUCUUUUUUCUUUUUCUUUUUUUUCACUUCCUUUUGUAUUUGUUUAUUUAUCUUUUUGGAUUGAGAAAAUGAAGGCAAGGAAAAUCC